AUGUUACAACAAAAUAUAAUAAGGACAGUGCGAUGUGCUUGCGCGGGCACAAGGCUUGGGCCGAGCCAGGUAACCCACCGUUGGCUCAGCAACAAGGCUCCAGAGUCCGGUGAGGGCCAUGAGGGUGCGGAAAAAUUGGAACAGCCCAUGACAGAGUUUGAUUCUUUGAUCCAGUCUUGGUCUUUGGAGCUUGAUCCAGAGGUUUCUAAGAGCACCGACAAGAAUGAGGUCUCGUGGCCGUUUGGAGCUAGUCCCCAGAGCGAUAGUGAUACCCUUCAAGAGAAAACUGAAAACUCAGAUGCUCAGGACCAGCCCAAGAAGACGCUAACAAUAGAUAGCUUACUGGGAAACAUGUUGACUGCAACACCAGAUGCUGCCCAAGAAGCAUCAGUAUGGCAGAAACCAUUGGUGCUUGGAAACAAACUAUUGCAUGAAGCUCGCAAAAUGCCAGUUCAACAUUUCUCGGAGGAAUUUCAGAGAGACGACUUUCUCGAGAGAAAGAGACAGAGUAUGUUGCAUUUCAAACAGACUGCCGAUACAAAUGAUGUUUUGGCUUCGAUAGACUCGCUCAGACCAUCCAAAGAGCAUGUGUCUGCUGAAGAGAUCAAAAGCCUCUGUGACGAGCUGAGCAGAAGGUUUUCGCUGAAACAGCUCCAGCUAUAUUUGGGAAGCAGAUAUCCGCAGAUAAAAUCUUCAAAAAAGACAAAGAAAGGCUGCGUCUCGCAAAUAACGAAAACGGUCUGGGGUCUGGAUGCUUCGUCCUCUCAGCAGUCGCAGAGCAAUUUCUCCACUAGGAUAACGAAAGCGCAACGCAUGCGAGAAAAAACAGAGCAGAUAUAUUUUUCCGAUCCCAGCCAAGCCUUUUUGUUGUUCAAGUCGCCUUUGAUUCAGCUGUGGAAGGGUGCAGGAGCUCACAUAUAUUUGCCUCGUCAUUCUUCGGCAGCUUUAGAAGUCAGAAGCUCGAAGCUGGUGAUUUCUUAUGUCAGGUCUUCUUGGGCUGCCUUUGUUGGCAAAAUAGUUUCAAAAAGAGUUGACUUUUCCAGCCUUCGCCAGCUAUAUAAGGCGAGAGGUCUCGGUCUUCCCUUUUCUUUGGUCCAGGCAGGAUCCCCAGUUUAUUUCAAGAGAUCGAGUGGUGAAGCUGAGGACGAGACCUUCAACAUAGAGGAAGCCCUUAGUGGAAGGCAACAUCUGACAGACGAGUGCUGCAAUUACGAUAUCUCGGCUUUAAAAGAGCUACACAUACUGGAGAUUGAAAGAAAGCUCCUGUCGAACAUCACGAGAGGUUCCGGGCAGAACAAGCAUCUCAGAAAGUUUUUUACGGAGUCCAAGGUUUUUGCAUCUAGUGGUGCUGAUUACUGGUCGCUACCGUGGUUCUUGCUUGGACCAGACCACGGAACGCCAGAUCAGUAUUAUAGACUCAAAAGCAAAACCGAGCGCCACAGCACCACACAGCUCACCCCUACUGACACAAGCGAAUACCACGAGUUGGAAAGGAAGGUUGAUGAUUUCAAAAAUUCUCAGAGUCUGUUUAACAAGCUGCCCUUUAUGAGUGAAACGAUUCAAUCUGAGGGAGUGGGUAGUGGUGAGGUUGAAGAAUCUUAUGAAGAGAAAGAGUUAAAUUUCGAGCCUGAUAUUCAGGUUUUGAAAAAUGAUCUUCUUGACACAAAAAACACUAAAAAGUAUGUGGUGCCAAAAGAAAACUGGGACCAACCUGUUUUCACAGCAUCUUUCGGCAAAGCACUUUUUUCUACAAGCGAUGGGGAUUAUUUCUUCCACGAAAGUUUGCAAUCGCUCCCCUCAUUCGUGAAGAAAUUGAGCAUCAAAGGUGGAUUCGAGUAUUUUCUCAGACUCAAGUUCGUUCCUGAUCCCAAUGCAUCGGUUGAAGACUUUAACGUUCUCCCUCCAUUGCAGGUCACUUUCAAUCUGACUCUGGAUAACUAUCAUACUGACUCCUACAAGGUGGAUGUCACUUCGAUGCAGGUGCACUCCAUUGAGAAUGAAAAUGUGGUGGUGUGUCCCGUUCCUGGAGCUACCGCGGAUCUCAAAUUCAUGGCGUCGAGUUUCGCCCCCAUAUUGGCAGAUUUUAACUCAAAUGUCAAACAAUGGACUGAAGACCAACCUGGAAUUGUGGAAUUCUUGGAAAACUCCAAGAUCGAGCUUGCCGUUGGAGAAAACCUCGAGUUUUGCUACAGAAGAAACCCGCACAUCAACAUCCGGGUAAAUGGUAGACCAGUUCCCUACGUUUUUACCGAAGACUUUUUCAUCAAAUCUCUUGAACUGGAAUACGAAGGACUACCUGCGACCUUUACAAUUGCAUCCGGUGGCGAUCUCAAGAAAAACCAGCUUGGUCUCACGCUUGUUGGUAGCGAUGUCGAGACCCUGGUUGAAAAAUCCAUCACACUGCUGAAAAAGCUCUAG